AUGCUGCAUGCAGUUACGAAGGACACACAGUUGCGAAUAGCUCUUACAUCUAUUUAUAACAUAGUUACACCACAGCUGCUCAAGGCUUUAAAAGAGCUACAAACGGCAGGACGCACAUUUAUGAAUGCGGCGUUUCCUAGAAACCGUCGUACCACAAUGCCGGAAAUCUUCGACACAUUUGGGCCGGGGAGAGCAGAAGCACAUGCAGCACAGUUAGUCAAGUCACAAUAUGGGAAUAAUAGGCAGGUAACGGAUGGAUAUUUGUCCGACAGACGCACCCCGGACCGACAGCCUCGACCUCAGGCCAGAUAUAUGCGGAGCAAUAGCAGAGAUCAUGGGAGCUCGUACAGUAGGGACUCUAGUAGGCCUGUGAGCAGAAAUGAUCGGUGUGGUAGGGACAGCAGACAUGGCAACACGAGGAGGUCCAUGUCGCCAGGUCCGGCACCCCAGUACAGUAAGUGUAAUGUGAGAUAUAUGGGCUCUGUAUGCCCGAUACCGCAGGUACAGGACAUGAAUUUCCUCAUACUUAAACAGGGUAAAUCGUGGUCGGAGAUAGAUGAACAGCGCGUCCCGGAUUUGGAUGGGAAGCUACUGGAUGAGUAUGACUUUUCGCAUUUAGAGGGAGUUGGGAAACUGCUAGGAAAGACAAAUGAGGAGGUCGAUGCAGUGAAAGAUAAAUUUUUACAGGCGCGCUAUGAUCCGAGACACACCAAAUUUAUAAGAAAUGACCAAGUCAUAUUGCAGCCUAAGGAAGAUGCAGGACCAUCUCGGUCAAUAUAUUUCACUAAGGACCCGCUGUUGAAGAAAGUGGACAUCAAGAAAAUCAAUGAGCUACAUCGCCAAGGAAAAGCGGAGGCAGAAAAUCGCUUCAGCCGGUAUGUCAGCUCAGUUAAAGCGGUACGGAAAGACCCACGGGUGGAACCGAAAAAUCUAAAGGAUUAUGCGAUUACCAUUAAUUACAUCGAAGUAAACAAGCAAAUGGUGAGGGUGGCGUACCAAUUACCGUAA